AUGGUGGUGUCCACGACAGUGUAUCUGCUUGUAACGGCAGUCCUCUGUUGCCUCCUCAGCGGAACGGAGGGAGCGCUGCAGUUUGAGUGGCUGAAACCGCCCAUUAAGAGCAAACCGCAAACUCCGCCAAAAAAUUGGCGUAACGUGUUGGAUGCCCUUUUGCGCUCCAUCGAAGAUGCUGAAUUGCAAAAAAGCAUUAAGAAUAUUAAAGAAAGCAUAAGUGCCGGACCGUCGCGGGAGAUGUUCAGCCACUGCGAUCUCAGCAUCCUGCGAUGUUUGAACAACAACCCGAUACAACUCACUUUGCAUGGCAUGGAGAAUGGGAUGGUGCAUUUUGAUUACCUACCAGACACCCUUCGCUUCCUCACGGUGGAAUCCAGCACAUUGAACCAGGAACUUUAUAUAAAGGCUCUCCCGGAAAGUUUACUUCAAUUGGUAUUUCACAACGUUACCUUCUUGUCGGGUAAUGCCACAGUUGCUCUUAAUGCAACUUUGCAGAGUUUUACAUGUAGGAAUUGUGGUCUUCACUCCAUCUCGUUUACCGGAGAAAGUGGGUUAAAAAUGCUGGACCUGAGCGAAAAUACGUUUGAUGACGUGCCAUUCAUUAUUCCCGGGAAUCUUACAUCGCUUAUAAUGCAAAACUGCUUGAAUAACUUGUCGCUAGUAAAAAUAAUGAGAGCCCUACCACCAGAUGUGCCUCUUCUUGACCUAAGAUACUCUCAAUUCAGUGAAUUUAUGAAGGGAAUUGCAACGGUACCACCUUCUCUGCGUUUAUUGUACGUCAGUGGCUGUCCCAUUAAUACUGAUGUCUCUUAUUUUUUAGAUACUUUAAAAUCCGCCAACCGAAAUGUUGAAAGGGUGGUUGCAAGAAACUGUGGCUUGGUGGGUAAGCUUGGUAAUGCUACGGAUUUGAAAAUGUUGCUUACACUUGACCUUGCACACAACCGUAUUUUGGAAGUUGUAUGGCGAGAACUGCCUCCAAUUCUUAAUCAUCUCGAUCUCAGUGCAAACGCCAUUGAUGGUAAGCUUCCCGUAAGGCUUCUUCCUCGUUUCCUCAAGUCGCUCAAUUUAUCCCAAAAUGGAUUCUCAGGGAAUUUCAACGUUAGUGAACUGCCACCGCAGCUGAUCAUUCUUGACGUGGGAAAUAACAAUUUUUCUGGAACCAUUGACUUUGCACGACUUCCGGAAUCUAUUCAUUACGUGUACGUGCAGCAUAAUAGGUUUCAAGGUACGCCAGACUUGGUGGAGAUCCCAGCCGGAAUUAGAAAAAUAUUGAUACACGAUAACAACUGGGAUUUGCUACGCCCCUCUCCCUGA